AUGGUUUAUACUAAAUCCAAACAACUGCUUUCAGUUAUGAUAAAUGUUUUCCAGCAAAAAACCUAUUACCUGUUUUUCUUUUAUGGUCAAGAGAAUCUUGAAUUGUGUGUGUAUAUGCAAUUAGUAACCAAUUAUAACAAAUUAGCAUUUACUUUCUUAUACAAAACUGUGAAAGUCAUGACUUUUCAUGUAUAUAAAUGGCUGGACCUUUGCAAGGAAAGCAAAAGAGAAUUGAAUUGUUCCUGGCAGAACAUGGAAGCAAGGUUCAUGAUGAUGGCUGCAGGACAUUCUAGGAACUUCAUAUUAAUGUUAAUGUUGAUGCAAGUGUUUGCUGUCUUAUUAGGAGUACAUGCAGUUGAAGAAUGGAAAACAUUAUCAGAAGAAGAAAACCUGGAGAUGGAAAGACAGCUAAAAGUUAUCAACAAACCUCCUAUUAAGAGUUUCCGGACCGAACAUGGGGAUAUCUUGGAUUGCAUCGAUAUGUACAAACAACACGCUUUCGAUCAUCCUUUGCUCAAGGAUCACAAAAUUCAGAUGAGACCAAAAAGGAUCCCAAAGGAGAUGAAGGGAGGCAAAUCUCCACGCCUUCUGCCCAAGAACAUUAGAUGUCCACCUGGAUCAGUGCUCAUCAAAAGAACUACAAAGGAGGAUCUAAUCAUGGCCAAGAAAAUAAAAGCUUUAGGAUUGAAUUAUCCAACAAGUUCCCGUUUUCACAACACCGGUGCUGCUCCAAAUGGCUUUGGUACAAACCCACGUAACAUUGUUUCUGCUUAUGCUGAAUAUACCAAGCACAAUUUUGGAGCAAAAGCAACCAUGAAUGUGUGGAACCCAAGAGUUUCACCUAACCAAUUUAGCUUUUCUAAUAUUUGGAUUGCAAAUGGCCCUUUAGAGACAGUCAAUGCUAUACAGGCUGGGUGGGGAGUACAACCAAGUCUUUUUUCAAGCAACUACACCCGGCUAAUAACUCUCUGGACUGCAGAUGGUUACAAAAACACUGGUUGCUAUAAUUAUCUUUGUCCAGGAUUUGUACAAGUUAGCAGUGAAAUAAGCCUUGGUCUUGUUCUGAAGGAGAUUUCUACUUAUAAUGGUACACAAGCAGAUAUAGAAAUCAGUAUAUUUAAGGAUGGAGAAUGGUGGUUCACGUUCUUUAACAAAGUUGUUGGGUACUGGCCAGAAAAAGUGUUCACUUACAUGUAUGGUGGUGCCAAUUUUGUUUUUUGGGGAGGGCAGGUUUACAGCCCAUCAAAUGAGCCUAGUCCUGAAAUGGGGAGUGGCCAUUUCCCACAAGAUGGCCAUGAUAGGAAAUCUGGCUACUUCAAGCAGCUGCAACUAUGGGACAAUGUAAAUUUUGUUUAUCCAGAUGGCAACUUUGUUAAGGUCAAUUCUGAUAAACCUCAGUGCUAUAAUGCACAGACUACUCCAGAUGGUGAUGCUAUAGAUCUUUUCUAUGGAGGUCCCGGCCAAUUGUAUAUGAAUGAGUUGCUGAACCCAGAAGAUUUCAGGAAACGCAAGGGGUGGAAAAUUCUUACUGGUGCAAUUUCCUGUUCCACAAGUUUUACAUAUAUGCCAAUCUCUGCUAAGAAUUUGAUAAAGAAGAGGCUGGGUCUUUCCAAAGAGACAGUGUAA